UUGUCACGUGGUUUCCCGGCUUAGCUGGGCCAGGGGAGGAGCAAGGUCCAGAGUCAACUCUGCUCCAAGCCCUAAGUUUACCAGAAACGAGCAGGCGGACAGACGGGUCUGAUCCCUCUUGGGUCCUCCAGCCAUGAGGCUCCUCUGGGGGCUGAUCUGGGCAUCUGGCUUCUUCGCCUUGUCUCUGCAGAAGCCCAGGUUGCUCCUGUUUUCUCCUUCUGUGGUUCACCUAGGGGUCCCCCUGUCAGUCGGUGUGCAGCUCCAGGAUGCUCCUUCAGGACAGGUAGUGAGUGGAUCAGUGUUCCUGAGAAACCCAUCCACAACACGUCAUGAGCUCUGCUCCCCAAAGGUGGAUUUCAGCCUCAGCUCAGACAAAGACUUCAUCCUCCUCAGCCUCCCGACCUCCCUGAAAGGCGCGGAGGACUGUCGCCUCCAUCUCCUCCACAGAGCCCCCGAGGUCCAGCUGGUGGCCCAGUCGCCAUGGCUAACAAACAGACAGACAGACAGGCAGGGUGUCAACCUGUUAUUCUCCUCUCGCCGGGGACACCUCUUUCUGCAGACUGACCAGCCCGUUUAUAACCCUGGCCAGCGGGUUCGAUACCGAAUCUUUGCUCUGGAUCAGAAGAUGCGCCCGUCCACUGAUACCCUCACGGUCACGGUGGAGAACUCUCGUGGCUUGCGUGUGCGGAAGAAGGAGGUGUAUGUUCCCUCCUCCAUCUUCCAGGAUGACUUUGUGAUCCCAGACAUCUCAGAGCCAGGGACUUGGAAGAUCUCAGCCCGAUUCUCAGAUAGCCUGGAUUCCAACAGCAGCACCCAGUUUGAGGUGAAGAAAUAUGUCCUUCCCAACUUUGAGGUGAAGAUCAUUCCGGAAAAGCCCUACAUCCUGGCAACGCCUGGCUUUCUUAGUGAAAUCCAAGUAGUCAUCCAGGCCAGGUACAUCUACGGGAAGCCAGUGCAGGGGGUGGCAUAUGUGCGCUUUGGGCUCCUGGGUGAGGACGGUAAAAAGACUUUCCUUCGGGGGCUGGAGAAUCAGACCAAGCUGGUAGAUGGCCAGUGCCGAAUUUCUCUCCCAAAGGCUGAGUUUCAGGGUGUGCUGGAGAAACUUAAUAUUAAUAUUAACGACCUCCCAGGGCUGCACCUCUAUGUUGCAGCAGCGAUCAUUGAGUCUCCAGGAGGGGAGUUGGAGGAGGCAGAGCUCACAUCCUGGCGUUUCGUGUCAUCUCCCUUCUCCUUGGAUCUAAGCAAAACCAAGCGACACCUUGUGCCUGGGGCCCCCUUCCUGCUGCAGGCCCUGGUCCGUGACAUGUCAGGCUCACCAGCCUCUGGCAUUCCUGUCAAAGUUUCUGCCAAGUUGUCUUCUGGAUCUACUUCUAAAAACCAGGACUUUCAACAGAACACAGACGAGAGCGGCCAAGUCGUUGUUCCCAUUAUCGUCCCUCAGACCACCUCAGAAGUGCAGCUCUCGGUGUCUGCAGGCUCCCCCUAUUCUGCCAUAAGCAAGCUCACCGUGAAAGCCCCCCUGUCCAGAAGAUCCGGGUUUCUGUCCAUUGAGAGGCUGGAUUCUCGACCCCCUAAAGUCAGGGACACUCUUAACCUAAACCUGCGAGCCGUGGGCAUCAGUGGGAGCUUCUCUCACUUCUACUACAUGAUCGUAUCCCGGGGCCAGAUAGUGUCUGUACAUCGAGAGCCCAGGAGGGACCUGACCUCUGUCUCCGUGUUUGUGGACCAUCACCUGGCACCCUCCUUCCACGUUGUGGCCUUCUACUAUCAUGGGGGCGUCCCGGUGGCCAACUCCCUGCGAGUGGACGUCCAGGCUGGGGGCUGUGAGGGCAAGCUGGAGCUGAACGUGGAUGGUAGCAAGGAGUAUCGUCCUGGGGACACUGUAAAACUCAACCUGCGAACAGAUUCUCCAGCCCUGGUGGCCCUGGGAGCCGUGGACAUGGCUCUGUAUGCUGUGGGCGGCAAGUCCCACAAACCCCUUGACAUGGUCAAGGUCUUCGAAGCUAUGAACAGCUAUGACCUUGGCUGUGGUCCUGGGGGUGGGGACAGUGCCCUUCAGACAUUCGAGGCAGCUGGUCUGGCCUUUUCUGAUGGAGACCAACUGACCCCAGUCAGAAAGAGUCUAAGAUGUCCCAAGGAGACAAAGAUCCGGAAAAAGAGAAAUGUGAACUUCCAAAAGGAGAUUCAUGAGAAGCUGGGCCAGUACGCUUCCCCCAUAGCCAAGCGCUGCUGCCAGGACGGGCUGACGCGACUGCCCAUGGCACGCACCUGUGAGCAGCGGGUGGCCCGUGUGCAGCAGCCGGCCUGCCGGGGGCCCUUCCUGUCCUGCUGCCAGUUUGCUGAGGGUCUGCGCAAGAAGGCCCGGGCGAGGGGCCAGGUGGGCCUUGCUCGAGCCAAGGAGCUCCUGCAGGAGGAGGACCUGAUCGAUGAGGAUGACAUCCCUGUGCGCAGCUUCUUCCCUGAGAACUGGCUUUGGAAAGUGGAAGCAGUGGACCACUCCUCCCAAUUGAGACAGCUGCUCCCGGACUCUCUGACCACGUGGGAAAUCCAUGGCGUGAGCCUGUCCAAAAGCACAGGCUUGUGUGUGGCCACCCCGGCCCAGCUCCGAGUGUUCCGUGAAUUCCACAUGCACCUCCGCCUGCCCGUCUCCGUCCGCCGCUUUGAGCAGCUCGAGCUGCGGCCUGUCCUCUACAACUACCUGGAUACAGAUAUGACCGUGAGCGUCCACGUGUCCCCAGUGGAGGGGCUGUGCCUGGCUGGGGGCGGAGGGCUUGCCCAGCAGGUGCUGGUCCCUGCGGGCUCUGCCCGGCCCAUUGGCUUCUCUGUGGUGCCCAUAGCGGCCGCUGCUGUGUCCCUGAAAGUGGUGGCUCGAGGAUCCUUGGAUUUCCCUGUGGGGGACGCAGUAUCUAAGGUCCUACAAAUUGAGAAGGAAGGGGCCAUUCAGAGGGAGGAGAUUGUCUAUGAACUCAACCCCCUGGACCCCCGAGGCCGGACCUUGGAAAUUCCUGGCAUCUCUGAUCCCAAUAUUAUCCCUGAUGGAGAUUUCAGGAGCUCUGUUAGAGUCACAGCCUCAGAUCCAUUGGACACUUUGGGCUCUGAGGGGGCCUUGUCACCGGGAGGCAUGGCCGCCCUCCUGAGGCUUCCGCAGGGCUGCGGGGAACAAACCAUGGUCCUCUUGGCUCCAACACUGGCUGCUUCCCGCUACCUGGACAAGACAGAGCAGUGGAGCAUGCUGCCCCCCGAGAUGAAGGACCACGCCGUGGAUCUGAUCCAGAAAGGCUACACGCGGAUCCAGGAGUUUCGAAAACCAGAUGGUUCCUAUGGGGCCUGGUUGAAGCGGGACAGCAGCACCUGGCUCACGGCCUUUGUGCUGAAGAUCCUGAGUUUGGCCCAGGAACAGGUGGGCGGCUCACCUGAAAAGCUGCAGGAGACGGCCAAGUGGCUGCUAUUGCAGCAGCUGGCUGAUGGGUCGUUCCACGACCCCCAUCCAGUUAUUCACAGGGGCAUGCAGGGGGGCUUAGUGGGAAAUGAUGAGACUGUGGCGCUCACAGCUUUUGUGGUCAUCGCCCUUCAUCAUGGGCUGGCUGUCUUCCCGGACAAGAAUUCAGAGCAGUUGAAGAGAGUGGAAGACUCCAUCUCAAGGGCAAACACCUUCUUGGGGGCAAAAGUAGGUUCUGGGCUCCUGGGGUCCCACGCAGCCGCCAUCACGGCCUACGCCCUGUCGCUGACUGAGGCCCCUGAGGACCUGCGGGAUGUUGCCCACAACAACCUCAUGGCCAUGGCCCAGGAGACUGGCGAUAACCUGUACUGGGGCUCAGUCCCCAGUUCUCAGAGCAAUGUCCUGUCACCCACCGUGGCUCCUCACAGCCCGGCAGACCCCGUGCCCCAGGCCCCGGCCCUGUGGAUUGAAACCACAGCCUACGGCCUUCUACACCUGCUGCUUUGGGAGGGCAAGGGCGAGUUGGCCGACCAGGCUGCAUCCUGGCUCACCCGCCAGGGCAGCUUCCAAGGCGGAUUCCGCAGCACCCAGGACACGGUGAUGGCCCUGGAUGCCCUGUCUGCGUACUGGAUCGCGUCCCACACCACCGAGGAGAAGGGGCUCAACGUGACCCUCAGCUCCGUGGGCCGCAGUGGACUCACGUCCCACGUGCUGCAGCUGACCAACCACGAAGUUCAGGGGCUGGAGGAGGAGCUGCAGUUUUCCUUGGGCAGCAAGAUUAAUGUGAAGGUGGGAGGAAACAGCAAAGGGACCUUGAAGGUCCUUCAUACCUACAACGUCAUGGACGUGAAGAACACGACCUGCCAGGAUCUUCAGAUUGAAGUGACGGUCGUGGGCCACGUCCAGUACACAAUGGAAGCCAACGAGGACUACGAGGACUAUGAGUACGAGGACCUUCCGGCCAGGGAUGACCCGGGGGCCCACUCCCAGCUCGUGACGCCCCUGCAGCUGUUUGAUGGCCGGAGGAGCCGCCGCAGAAGGGAGGCCCCCAAGGUGGCUGAGGAGCAGGAAUCCAGGGUGCAGUACACCGUGUGCAUCUGGCGGAAUGGCAAGGUGGGGCUGUCGGGCAUGGCCAUUGCAGACAUCACCCUCCUGAGUGGAUUCCACGCCCUGCGGGCGGACCUGGAGAAGUUGACCUCCCUCUCUGACCGUUACAUGAGUCACUUUGAGACCGAGGGGCCCCACGUCCUGCUGUACUUCGACUCGGUCCCCAUGUCCCAGGAGUGCGUGGGCUUCGGAGCUGUGCAGGACGUGGCCGUGGGGCUGGUGCAGCCAGCCAGCGCUGUCCUGUAUGACUACUACAACCCUGAGCACAAAUGUUCUGUGUUUUACGGGGCACCAACUAAGAGCAAACUCUUGUCCACUUUGUGCUCUGGUGACGUCUGCCAGUGUGCUGAAGGCAAGUGCCCUCGACAGCGCCGGGCCCUGGAGAAGGGGCGGCAGGAUAUGGAUGGUUACAGGAUGAAGUUCGCCUGCUACUUUCCCCGAGUGGACUACGGCUUCCAGGUUAAGGUUCUCCGAGAAGACAGCAGAGCUGCCUUCCGCCUCUUUGAGACCAGUAUCACCCAAGUCCUGCACUUCACCAAGGAUACCAAGGCCACUGCUGCUCAGACCAGAAACUUCCUGGUUCGAGCCUCUUGCCGCCUUCACUUGGAACCUGGGAAAGAAUAUCUGAUCAUGGGUCUGGACGGGACCACCCAUGACCUCAAGGGAGACCCCCAGUACCUGCUGGACUCGAACAGCUGGAUCGAGGAGAUGCCCUCGGAGCGCCUGUGUCAGAGCACCCGCCAGCGGGCAGCCUGUGCCCAGCUCCGAAGCUUCGUCCAGGAGUACGGCAUGCAGGGCUGCCAGGUGUGAGGGCUGCCCUCC